CGGAAGUCCCACCCCUCUGCCUCACCGGAAGCGGAAGUAGCGGCGAUGAAGCUGCUCACCCACAACCUGCUGAGCUCCCACGUGCGGGGACUGAGGCCCGGGGGGGGCUUCCCCCUCCGCAUCAGGGCGGAGCAGGUGGGGGUUCGUCCGGUGCCCUUCAACGCGGCCUUCGUGGCGCGAUUGGUGCCGCGUCUGCGCUGGGCGGCGCUGCGGGAGGCGGCCGACAGCGUGAGGGGCGCUAUGGGGCGGCUAUGGG